AUGAUUUUUCCUCACAUUGUGAACUUGUCAUUGCUAAUUAGAGCUGUGGUUUCAUGGGGUAUAAUGUGGCCCUUAAUUGGAAAAAACAAAGGUGACUGGUAUCUUCAUAGUUUGCCUGACAGCAGCAUGAAAAUUCUCAAUAGCUACAAAGCCUUUAUUUCUAUUGCUCUGAUCCUAGGAGAUGGUCUAUACAACUUCGUCAAGAUACUAUACAUCACAUCCAUGAGCGUACACAAAAGGUUCAAGAACAAAAGCCUCAAUCCAGUUAGCGAUAAGAAGGUGACGACGACGAUAGUGGAAAGGGCAGCUAUCGAGGAAGCGUCAACAAUCGAGGAAGCUUUGGCGAUAGAGGAAGCGGCGGUAAUUGAGGAUCCAGCGGCGAUGAUCGAGGAAGUGGCGGCUAUCUAG